GCCCUGCUCCGCCCUGGCCGUGGUUCGUCCGGUUCCUUGCUCCUGAGAGCCAGGAGCCAGCGCUCACGAAGCUGACGUGCGCUCUGCAGCCGGUCUGCACUCGGCCUUGCGGGUGACGCUGCCUGGGUCCUUGCGUGGCCUCCCUUCUGCCCUCAUCAGGAACUGACCGCUGUGCCCGUCCCCAGGCCUGCCGUUCUGCUGUGCUCUGCAGAACGCGCGGAGACGGCAUUCUAAAGCAGACUGCAUUGCCUGGCGAGUGUGCUUCGUUCUAGACUGUAGUGUCGGACACGUGGCUAUCGGGCAGGGGGACCACUGUCACUGAGGACACACACAUUGGAGUAAAAGGAGUCCUCAGUGGCCUGCGGGUUUCCCCCGCCUUAACAGAGACUGGGUCUAGGGCAUUGUAAGUGCUAGACAAGUGCGCUAUCCCUAAUGUAUAGCCCCUGUCUCUCUUGUUUAUCGGAUUGGCGAGGUUGCCCUUAAGCUUGAGAUCCUCCUGCCUCAGCCUCCUAGGUAGCUGGGCUUACAGAAUUGUAACACUGCCCCUGGCCGUGUGGUCUUUUGAUGGCCGUUUCUUCCUACUUAGGUAGGAGGGACUGACACGAGUGCAGGCAUCAGGCUCUCAUGGCCUUACCUGCUGUGCUGUCUUGGAGUCCUGUUCCUUGUUUCUGAAAUGUGCUAGCCUCAGGGACAAGCCCUGACAAGAUUCAGGCUGGGAAAAGAGCUACUGCACUGUUUGGAAUUUUCCGCGAGCAUCUGUGGGUCCAGCAGGGCUGCAGAUGACCCCAGUGAGGUCCACGUGCUAACGUGGACAGAUGCCACUACGUGAUGUGUCUCUUUAAUGAGAGAGGUGAUGAUGGCUCCCCUCUGUCAUCCAAGUCCACAGAAAUAUGUUCAGAACUGGCUGGUAAGGAUACAGAAGUAGACUUACUGGGAACGCAGUACAGUCCCAUCACCUGAGGGGUAAGUGCUUGCUGAGGAACGUCACGUCUCCAUGCGAGGGGCCUGGGUUCAAAUGCUGCCUCUUUCCUAGGCCACGUGAGUGUGCAUGAACUUGUCGUGUGGCCUUUCAGCGGAGAUGACGAUAGUGCUGAUCUCAGGCGAUGUGGCCGUCUCCUGUAUUUCUUUUAUAAGCAUUUUUUCUUCUUUUGAUAAGUGGAAAGGUGGAGAAACACUGAGCUGGAUUAGAGGCUCAGACAAGCCACACAGCAAGCAGGUGUCUGUCACCUUUGAAGAUGUGGCUGUGAGAUUCACUGCGGAGGAGUGGGGGCUGCUGGACCUUUCCAAGAGGACCUUGUACUGGGAGGUGAUGCUGGAGACCUGCGGGCUUCUGCUUGCUGUGGGCUGUCCUUUGUCCAAGUCAGAGCUGAUCUACCAGUUGGAGCACAGCCAGGACCCAUGGACAGCACCAGAAGCCCUCUCCCAAAGCUCCCAUCCAGGUAGCAGCACAAAACCCAGCAACAUCAAGCCCAGACCUGCUCACCAGGCCUGGCCUGAGGAAGCCUGGCUCCAGGACCAGGAGAUAGAAGGAGCCUCUGGAGACUCCCUGUUGUCACUGCACCAGAGUCAGGAUGGGCCCUGUGAAGUACAAGAAGGACUUCUGAGACCUGGGCUGGCAUCCCUAAGGGAGAAGCUUCCUGGGACUAGGAGCCCUCGAGGUGAUGGCAUGGGGUCGGCUGACAGUGUGUGUUCAGAGACGGUGCAUGGGAACGUCUCUCCACACCCAGCUCCCUCUGUCAGUGACUCCCAUGGGUCAGCUGCAGAUCACUUGGUUCAUGAAGGAAAAAAUCCCUUCAAAUGCAAGGAAUGUGGGAAACUGUUUAAGAAGGAACGCUUUCUCCUUCGCCAUCAGUGGGUUCACAUAAUAGUGAGGCACUACGAAUGUACAGAGUGUGGGAAGUCCUUCCGCAAGAGCACUCAACUCCUCCAGCACCAGAUGGUCCAUACUGGAGAAAAGCCUUAUAAAUGUCUGGAGUGUGGAAAAGCUUUCAGCCGUGGGACUCACCUUAGUCGGCAUCAGCGAACACACAGUGGAGAGAAGCCGUAUAAAUGCACUGAGUGUGGACAGACCUUCGCCUACCGCUCCACAAUGAUUUUGCAUAACAGGAUUCACACGGGAGAGAAACCUUUUGUGUGUAAUGAGUGUGGCAAAGCCUUUCGUGAUAAGGCAGGUUUCACUAGACACUACUUUAUCCACACAGGAGAAAAGCCCUAUCAGUGCUCAGAGUGUGGCAAGGCUUUCAACCAGAGGUCAUACCUCACAUGGCACCAGCAGAUUCACACUGGAGUGAAACCUUUCCAAUGCAAUGAAUGUGGGAGAGGAUUUGGUGAGCGGUCAGCCCUCAUCCACCAUUAUGUCACCCAUACCGGGGAGAAGCCAUAUAUUUGCCUGGAAUGUGGGAAAGCCUUCCACCGUGGGUCAUACCUCAAGCAGCACCAGCGCAUCCACACUGGGGAGAAGCCAUAUGUAUGUGGUGAAUGUGGAAAGGCCUUUGUCCACCGCUCUACCUUCAUCUUGCACAAAAAAGCCCACACUGAAGAAACACCCUAUGAGUGCAAAGAAUGUGGGAAAACCUUCAGCGAUAGGGCAGACCUCAUCCGUCACUUCAGCAUCCACACAGGAGAGAAACCGUCAGAGUGCAUGGAGUGUGGGAAGCUUUUUAAUCACAAAUCAGGACUCACCAGGCACCAACGGAUUCAUAGUGGGGAGAAGCCCUACAAAUGCAUGGAGUGUGGUAAAACAUUUUUGCGGAGUGCACACCUCAUCCGCCAUUCCUUCAUCCACACGGGUGAGAAACCCUAUAGGUGCAGUGAAUGUGGAAAGGCCUUUACCUGCAGCUCCUCCCUCACACAGCAUCAAAGGAGGCACAUGAAGAAGAACCCUGGGAGUGUGGUAGAGGAGGUGAGACCUUUCACAAGUGUGCAAGCUUCUGUGAACAUAGAAGGACUCAUAUUAGGGAAGGACUUUCUCCCUGUAACCACUGAGGAACAGCACUGGUCAGGGGAAUCCCCUGCCACUGCUUCAGGUCAUUCAUACCAGAGAGAAACUCAGUUAGCACCAUCUCUAUGAAGAAAAUAAAUUUUUGGGGGGGAUUUGUUUGUUUUUGAUACAAGGU